GAAUUCAGUUUUGAGUUGUACGCUGGCCGCGGCAGAGCUCUCGCUGUUCGUAUUCAAGCGCUCCCCAAUAGUGUGUUUGAAAUAAACAAACCACACAUGUUGGACGGAUCGCAAGGAAUAGCUAAUAUUAAUGUUGUGUGUGCAUAAAUAGCUCCGCACGUGACUUGCAAAAGAGCAUAGGUGACAGUCGCUUUUGAAUAGUGCGCGGGAGACUUAUUGAAUUUGCAGAGUUAACACACUGUUAUAUGGUAUGGAAGAAGGUUCGAUGAUCCGCGGCCUAUCCCAAGUGGAAUCCAGAACUGAAUAUUAAUGUGAAGUGCACAAACAAUGCUAUAACGCUCCUGGAAACAAUCAGUACGAAUUAUCGAUAGAACACUACCAAAUUCGAAUAAACUAAAACACGAAAGUAAAUUCUUGUGAAGUGUUAAGUGAUAAUAAUCGAAAUGGAUAACUUCAAUUUAAUGAAAUCUGAAAUUCUUGCUGAAUUAAGCCAUGCAGAUGGGAACCUGAGUUGCUGUUUUCAACGUAAACGGUCUAAUGUAUUGGACAGCUUAGACACAAACUCGGGAAAAACUCAAGGACGUAAUUCGGAUUACCUAACGAAAAUCAUGACAAAUUGUUUUAAGAAUUCAGCUAGUCACAAAUAUACGAUGCCAAAUGAUGUUGAUGAAAAAGAUAGUUUUUGUAAAGAAAAAUUCAUACUUAGCUAUGAAGAUGCACCAAAGCACCUACAAUUCAACCCUUACAUUAGGAAAGGCUACAGAACAUUUCUAUCAACGAAGCUAUGCUUCCAAAGUGUAUUUUGGUGGACAAACGAAACAGUAAAUAUAUGGAGCCACUUGGCAGGUUGGCUGCUAUUUUUGGGGUUGACAUUCAAUGAUAUUUCGUUUAUCAAUGCCCAACCAUCACUAACAGAUAAAGCUAUGGUUUGGUUGCUACUAGUUUGCUUUCAACUUUGUAUGUUCUUCUCGUUCAUCUAUCACACGUUCUCCUGUCGAUCAGAGAAGGAUUACGAUUGCUUUCUUACGUACGAUUUGCUGGGAAUCGCGUUAUCACUUCUUGCAAUUUACUUGAGCGGAAUUUAUUAUGCGUUUUGGUGUCAUCCGCAAUUGCGUUAUUUCUAUUCGAUAAGUGUGGCGGUCAUAUUUGUGAUUGCGAUAGUUUUACAAGUGCCAAGGUUAAAUGUAUCUCCGAAUAUAAAAAUUGUUGUGUUCGUUUCAUGGGCAGCGUAUGGAAUAGUGCCAACAACACAUUGGACGGUACUUAUGGGCGGGUUGCAUAACCCCAUUGUAAAGUUUCUUGUAUCCCGGAUAAUAGGAAUGUACACCCUCAGCCUCAUCGCAUUCUUAUUUUACAUCACGAAAAUCCCAGAGAGAUGGUUCUCGGGAAAGUUGGACUUCGUUGGACACUCACAUAAUUGGUGGCAUUUGUUUGUGCUAUGCGCCUUGUACUACUGGUACAACACUGGCAUCAUGUACUUGGACUACCGGGCCAUAAAUGGUUGCUCUCUUAGUUAAUUCCUUAUUUGGUAGUUAUCUCGGUCUGGUUAAGUAUUUUAAUGCUGUAUAUAUAUUUGUUUGAUAAUUGUGUUAAUGCUCUUAUAUUUAAGAGUGUUUUAUUACAAUAAAUUGGAGGUAAAUUAAGUUUUAAAGAA